AUGCAUCGAAUAUGGCAGAUUCCCGAACUGCUCGUCCAAAUCAUCUCCUUUCUUUCAGCCUACGACAUCAAUCGUGCCCUCCACGUCUCACUUCACUUUAAAACCCUCCUCAAAGCAAACCUGCCGCCGCAACUUCGCCCACUUCCUGACGGGCCCCGUUACAAACGCUCUUCCAGCAGCCAACAGCUGCCACAAGAAGUCACCGCUGAAGCCGCCGAGUACCUUGCGCACGAAGCCGCCACGCCCAGGCAGCUAAAGUCGGAAGACAGCUACUACUACUGGCGCGAGGGCGCGCGGAGUCAUGUCCUCGACACUCUGACACCUUAUCUCCAUCCGCUUUUUGCAAAGUUUGCGACAAGGCUGGUCGAUGGUUAUGAUUCGCUGGCGGUAGGGAAGACGGACAUCUGUUUGCAGACCAAUAUACCAUAUUACGACUUAUACGAGCUUGUGAAUGGGGAAGAAAAUGAGAGUUGGGUCGAGUACUUAGCGAUCAAGACGACGGCAGUGACGGUGUAUUGUCUGGGAGGUGUGCAAUGGGAUUUGCUGUAUGCAGGAGUGAGAUACAGAGACUAUGGAGGUGUGAAGCGCUUCUCGGUCAAGGUGGAGAGGGAGGAGGGUGUUAGGCUGGGUGAUGUGUUACAAGAGUUGAUAGGGCCGCUGAUGAUGUAUGGGAUGAGUAAGGGGUUGGGGCAGGAAGUUACGCUCGUGUGGUGGUUUCUUCCACGGUCGAAGAGUGAAGCCAUUCGAGUCAAGUCGACUUUGGAUCGGAUCGAGAAGUUCGCAGCCAGCAAGGUCGAGAUUGAGGAGCUAAAGAUGAAGCUCAUCAGCACUCAGGCACGCACUGUUCAGCUAGAGAAGGAUGACGCGGAGCUACGCAAGAAGUUGUCCAAAUUGAUCACAACAAGCGUGACAACAAGCAGACCCUGCGUUCCUAAGACACCAACGCAAGACUAA